GGCAAUGACAGACGCCGUCGGCAAGGUCGAGGCGCUGGCCGCCGAGCGCGACAGGCGGCGGAGCAAGCCGUGGCCGGUGUUCACCAUGGCAGAGGUGGCGCGCCACUGCUACAGCGACGAUGCGUGGAUCGUGGUGUCGGACAAGGUGUACGACAUGACGGCGCACGUCCAACACCACGAGGGCUGGGUCGGUAGCGGGAAGGUCAGCACGCUGCUCGCGCUCCUCUCGGCGAUGGGGACGGACUGCAGUAUCGAUUUCAACUCGACGCACGACGCGAGGGGCUUUCGAGAGCUCCACGCCUACCAGGUUGGCAUACUCGACCGGCCGCACAAGCCGACUCCGGUGCGGUACUUCACUUGGGAGCAACUCUCCGCCUCGGGAAGGAUACGCAAUCGACCUCGCGCCGCCGCCGCGCCGCCGCGGCUUGCUGACCGCGCCGGGCCGCCGCCGGCGGAACGCGCCAACGCGCGGCCGCCGCCGGAGAGCGCCGCCGCGCCGCAGCCGGCAGAGAGAGCCACUGCCGCGCUGUGUGGCUUCUGUGAGUGCUCUCCGUGCGCAGACGGGUGCCCCGGGCUGGAGCGGAGUGACUGCCAGGGCGCCCUCUAGGGAGGUAUAGAGAGGGAGGCUGAAGAACAGUCGCGGGCCAUACUCUGUCGCACAUGUCAAGCGGCUGUCGUGUGCGUGAUAGUUGGGAUACAAUACGUCAGAUUGAAAAA